AUGACAGACGAAACUGAAGCGAGCCUAGGAUCAGGAGGAGGUGGUAAUGUCGUGGAGGAGCCACUGGAUUUGGUGCGGCUGAGUUUGGAUGAGAGGGUGUAUGUCAAGAUGAGAAAUGAUAGAGAGCUCAAAGGAAAGCUACAUGCAUAUGAUCAACACUUGAACAUAGUCCUGGCGGAGGUGGAGGAGACAGUGACAACAGUAGAGCUAGAUGAGGAGACAUUUGAGGAGAUCUAUAAGUCUACCAAGAGAACAGUCCCUAUGAUGUUUGUGAGAGGAGAUGGUGUCAUCCUGAUAUCACCACCACUCAGAGGAUAACUAUAUCAUGUAUGAAAUGUACCAUUGACUUGUUCACUUUGUCUACCAAUCAAUUUUGUUAUAAAGGGGAGGAGUUGUAACAUCUGCUGGAGCAGUUACAAUUGUCAGUUUGUCAUUAUAAAAUUAUAUGUAAUACAUACUGUUUGUAUCUGAAGGAAAAUUAACAUUAUAAUUUAUGAGCAAUAAA